UCCACCAAAAGUACACCACCAAAGAAACGUAAAACCACAAAAGUUUCAAAAAGAGGACAGUUCGAAUUUAAAUGAUUCAGGCAGUUUUUGUUGAUAACCAAAGUGACAUUUUGUCUGAGCGCAGCAGUGUAAUCGGUGAUGAUGACGCAUCAGAUAUCUCCUCUCUGAAAAGCACUCCGCCCAAGAAGCGUAAUUAUAAUAGAGUUUUGAAUAAAAGUCCAGAAGUUAAUGGUGAAAUUGUUCAUGAUUCUGAAGAAACUCCUGACAAAAAGAUUAAGUCAAAAAAGAAAGUGAAAAAUUCUGAGCUUAAUUCUGUAGAAGACACAGGAACAAAAGAAAGUCCGGAGAAAAAGUCUCCAAAAGCAAAGAAAAAAUCAGCAAAACAAUCAAGUAAUGCAGAAACAAAUGAAACUGUGGAAGGGGAAACAGACCCGGUAAAAUCUGAGGUAAAAAAGAAAACUUUGUCAAAGAAGAAGGCAGAUAAGCUUAAAACUGAAAGUAUUGAUGAUGAAGCUGGAGUUAAGAAAAAGACUGGUAGGAAAAGAAAACUUUCAGGCAUUCAAAAUGAAGGCAAUAAUGAAAAAGAAGGAGAAUCAAAAGAAAUCGUAACUAAAGUCAAAAAAGGGAAAAAGACGAAAAAACAGCUGCUGAAAGAAGAAGCUCAGUCAGAACUGAAAAGGCAGACUGAAGAAUUAAGGAAAACUCAUGCAGAAAAAUCUAAUAUUACUGGAAAGUCAGAUGGACCAGAGGCCAGUGAAGAAAAAGUUGCAAAAAGUAAAUCAAAGAAAAAGAUUCAGACACCUCAUAAAAAUAAACAAACUGAAAUUGAAGAGAAUGAUAAAGAUUUGAAUAAUCUUAAUAAAAUGGACGAAACUCUUGCAAACUCAAAUGCAGUUGCUCCAGAUUAUUCUGAUUCUGAUGAUGCUGCAAAUGAUUCAGAUGAAAGUUCUGAUCUUGAUACAAGUUUUGACAGCAUUAAUAGUGAUCGUAAGGCUAAUGAAGGUCAUGAAGGUGAUGCUGAAAAGUUAAACAAUGAUGAAGCUCAUGCUGAGAACAAAUCUGAGCAAAGUAUAAAAUGUGAUGAAUGUGGGUAUGUUUCUCGAAGUAAAGGUGGACAUACAAGGCAUUUAAGAAAAUGUCAACCAGAGAAGUUGGGUUUGGAACCGGAAUUAAACGCCAAACCAAAAUUUCAUAAGUGCGAGGAAUGUGACUACUCUGCUCCAAAACGGGUGCUUGUUAUAAAUCAUAUGAGAACUCAUGGAAUUUAUCAGUGCAAACGCUGUAAAUACCGUGCUGAAAAUGACGAAAUUUUAGAAGAACACUGUGCGCAAGAACACAAAGACCGAAGUGAUUGCAAGUUUUGCAAAAAUUGCAAUCGCUAUGUUAAAUGUAGUGAAAUUCCUCUUGAGAAACACAUGGAGGAAUGUCAAGGGAGAAUUCCUUUUAAAUGUCCGGAGUGUUCGAAAGAGUUUCAGUAUGAGUCUUCCUUAAAGUGUCAUGUAGUUUCUCAUUAUCCAGACCAACCAAAACUGUUUAGCUGUGACCAGUGUGAUUAUAAAUCAAACUAUAAAGCAAAUUUGAAAAAACAUGUUCGGCAUAUACAUGAGCAAAGGGGUGAACGUAAUGUCAAAUGUACCGAAUGUGACAAACUUUUUUAUACGGAAGAUAAUAUGAAACGCCAUUUGAAACUGCAUUCUGAAGAAAGACCGUAUAAAUGUGAAAAAGAAGACUGUAACAAAGCAUUUAAAACCCCAAAUGGUCUCAAAUUUCAUUUAUUAUCUCAUCAAACAGACCGCCCAUUUCCAUGUGACAUUGAAGGAUGCGAGAAAAGCUUUAAGUCUACGCGGGCACUUGCUCUACAUUUAAACGAAACCCAUCAAAAGGCACCAAAGAAUUUCAAAUGUGAGGAAGAGGGCUGUGAAAUGGCGUUUUACAAGAAAUGCCAUCUUGAUAGGCAUACUGAUGCACACAAAGACAACAGAACCCAUUUUUGCAAACGUUUAUUACAUGUACAAGGGCAUUCAGGACAGCUGAUUCACACAGACACUAAACACAUGCAUCCAGAGACUGACAUCAGUCCAGCCUCCAUAGUUUCGACCAAUCAAAACCAUUGUAACAGUCAGUCUGCAACAACCUCAACCAAUGAUCUGCAAGAAUUUAAGGAACAUGUAAAGAGGGUAAAGAAAACAGAUAUGUACGAGUUCCAGAGUGAAGAUGAAUCGAGUGAUGAAAUGAAGCCAGGUUUGUUGCGGAAGGAAUAUGACAAAGACAAGCCUCCACUACCCCCUGUUGAUGCCAACCUUCUGCCCGAUAUCAAAAAAUCUUCCAAAGAUGAUAAAGAGAAAGAUGAAGUUGAUGAACCUGAAAAACCACAGAAAAUCCGGAAGAAACCAGGACCGAAACCAAAACCAAAACCUGAAAAAACAGAGCCUGAAGAAGUCAAGGUUCCUAAGAAACGUGGACGUAAGAAAAAAAGUGAAGUAGAAAAACAAAAGAAAGAAAUUGAGGAAAAGGAUAAAGUUGAAAAAAGUAAGGAUGAAAAGAGUAAGGAAACCAAAGAAAAACCUGAGAAAAUAAAACAUGGUAAGCGUGGUAGAGGAAGAUCACCAAAGGCAAAAAAGGAGGAGAAAAAUAGAAAUGAUGAUGACGACGACGAUGAUGAUGACGAUGAAGAUGCACCUCCUCCACCAAAGCGUAAAGGAAGACCACCCAAGAAGAAAGUUAAAGAUGAAAAACAAGAAGAGAAGGUUCCAAAGAAGCGAGGAAGGAAGAAAAAAGUUGUAAAGGAAACUGAAGAGAAGAGUGAUCAGGUAAUAGUUCCUGAAAAUGGUGAUGCUACAAUAAAUUAUAGUGAAGUUGAAAGUAAUGAAUUGUUUGGUGACAGUACCAAAGACAGUAUGCCUGACACAAAUGAAAUGGUGCAUGAUCAUGAAAACUUACAGGAUGAGAAUAAACCUGAAAGUGAAGAAAAUAAAAGUGAUAAUGAAGAAAAUAGUGCUUUUAUGAUAAAAAAUGUUGUUAACGAGAGUAAAACAGAAGAGAAAAAGAGUGAUAGUGAAAGUAGUGAUAUAGGUUCUGACUUUGAUGAAGAUUUGAAACCCCCACCUGCUCCAAGACCACCUCCAAUGUAUGACAGUGAGGAUGGGGAUAUUGAAUCCGGACCAGAAAAUGAAGAUUUCAAUGGCUCGGCCAUGAGUAAUGAACCAUUGAGAGAUUUCGAAUCCUCUCGGGAAAUAUCAAGAGAGAUUUCUAGAGAUUUUGAAAGUUCACGAGAAAUUGAUGAUAGUGUUAAAACUAGUGAAUAUGUAAACUCUGUAGAUACUUCUACACCAAAAGACAUGGUGCCACAUAGUGUGGGUACUCCUGGGUCAGUAAAUCCUUAUACCAGAAAUGACUCUGUUAAUAAUGAGCACGAGAAUCCACUUUCUCAUCAUAGUAGUGUUCCUCAUACGCCAUCCCAUAACAGUGUACCCCCUACCCCAUCUGCAAAUCAAGAAUAUCAUGAAUCUCGAAGCAUUGAACAUCAAACUGGUGACCGUAUUAUGAAAAAUCCAGUUCAGGGACAAACAAAUGAAGAAAAUACUGAUGAAAGUUCAAUGCCUGAAGUAGACAAAGAUUAUGUUGGAAGAUUUUUUGAAGAGAUCCAGUGUAAUCAGUCUGAAGGUCAGAUUAAUAGGAUGAGUAGUAUAGACGAAAACCCAAAAUCUCAGGAUAAAAUUGUUGAAGCUCCACGAAGUGAUAGUGGUGUGCCAUCUUCAUUAACAUCCAAUCAGACAGAGGGAAGCAUACAGAUGCAAUCACCGCCUGCUGAUUUAUCGCACAAAAGAAUUGACCUGAUAUCUCCGGAGCGUGCUCCAGAAAUGUACCAGCCCCGUAGUGUCGAAAGUGUUCAUAAUCGUUCAUCAGAAAGAAUUCCAAGUGUGCCAUCUUUUGAUCCCCAAUAUACCGGUAAUCCUUUAGAUCCCUACAGUUCAUCAGUUCCAUCAAGAGAUACAAUUUUACGUCAGCCAGAACAAAGUAAGGCUCCAAGUCCACCUAUCACAAGUCCAAGUUUUAUGAGAUUUCCUGAAAGUGAAGCUAUGCUUCAGCGUCAGAGAAUGACAUCUGCGUCAUAUGAUCGUAAUCUUCAAAAUCUUCAUCGUAUAGCGGAAGGGCCGCUUCCACACAAUAACAGUUCUUCUCCUUUGCUUAGGCAUGUACCUGGUAGAGAGGAAAUGUUUUCAGGAGCUGCAGCUGGAGUUACAGGCUCUAUGUCGAGAAAUCCAUUUCACAGCUCAUGGACAGGUCAAGAUGUCCGGCCACCACAUUGGGGUCAUCCUACAUAUUUACAGCAACAGGCUGGGUCUGCUUCUUCAUCCCUGUUUGGCAAAGACGCUUAUCUUCCCGGCAGAGAUUUCAUGUUUGAUCCAUCUCGUGCAGCUGCGGAAAGAAAUAUGUUUUCAACAUUGUCAUCGGCUCAUUCUCAGCGUCCAGAAAUUCCCCAUGACACUUUCCAAUUUGAUCGUUUUGACCUUGGUAGUUAUCUUAGUAGUCAUGGUUACCAAGCAGGUCCAUCACUUCCGGUUGACUACACAAGGAGUGCUCAUAGCUCCUCACAGAAAUCUCUUGAUGAACGGUACCGCCAACCGUCGACGGCUGUUACCGAUUUUCGAUCUCUACCUCCAACUUCAAGUGCUUCUGAGAUGUUUGGAAUGAACAGUUCAUUUAACUUUGAAAAGUUUUAUUCUCGUGAUCCUAUGUAUCAUUCUCAGCAUAUAACAGACAAUACAAAUAAUCCAUUUUUACCUGGUGUACCUUCUCAACAUUCAGUGUUUGGUCGAGAUUACCCCCAUCGUAGCUUCUAUACUCAAAACACACCAUAUCCAUUUAUGAACAUGAACGAUAAAAACUACACAGCAGCUUCUGCGAAGCUCGCGCACUCAUCCGAUAGUGUAAAUCCUCAGCGUGAUCUGGUUCCGGUUCCUAGACCGAACAUGACGGCUCCAGACGCACAGUUGCAGGACCCGUACAGACACCAUAGUUCCGUGUUGUAUAAUAUGAUGAACAAGUAUUUUUAGAAUUGUUGUAACUGUUAGACUGUAGUUAAGUAUCAAAUAAUGUUUCAGCAAAAAUUGUGUUUUAAUUGUAAACAUAUUAUUACAUUAGUCAUGUAGCAAAAAAGGAAGACAACGUUGUUUAACAUUUUUGUUACUUCAUUACCAUUUACAUACAUCUUCAUCUGUUCUUAUUGAAGAAUAUCGAAUCAUUUUGAUAUUGUACAUGUAUAUACAAAGACAGAAAUCAGUUAGAUGGAAGCAUUUGUUAAGUUUUUUUUGUGUGAAAAAAAAGCAAUAUCAUUGGUUGAUAUAAAUGUACUAUAUAUACUUCUUUGUCAUUAAGUUACAGAAUCAAAGUUAAGUUUUAUAUAUAUGUAUUAUAGGCUUAUUAUUUAGUUUUGACCAUGAUUUGUUGUACAUUUACUUUAUGAAAGUAACGGUUGUAAUUUACUUUUUUUGAUAACAAAGAAAAGGGUCUAUAUUCUGAAUAGAAGUCAAAAUGAAAUUUACAUUGUUAAAGAUCUGAGUGGGUUGGGAUUUUUUAAAGCUCGCAGCAAUGACUGUAUGGGGACCGUUAGAUUUCACUUUGUUCAUUUUGCUACUUCCUAAGGUAUAGUAAAUUAUGUAAAAGCCUAGGUCGUGACUGUGGCAAGUACAAAUUAAAGGUGAAAGUACAGAAGAAGAAAAUCAUCUGAACUAAAAUAGGUUUUAAAGAACACCAAACACUUGAUUUCUUAAGAUUAAGAGGGUGUUUUGUUUUUCAAUACCUGCAAGUAUAAAUGCAUUUGAAAGUACUACAUGCAUGAAUUAAAAAUUAAUGAGUACAACUUUCAUUGCAAAUUAUAAAUAAAAGGAAACCAUCAUUAUAUAAAAAAAGCUGUGGUCUAAAAGAGUAUAGAGUCUUGUUAGAUUGCACAGUUGUGUCUGGCCCUGUACUGGUGGCAAAGGUUAAUCGCUUGCUAUUCCAAAACAUUCGUUCCUGCUGCAUAUAAUUUCAUAAUUUGUAAAACGCUAUAGUUGUGGUUUUUUUUUUGUUUUUUUUUGUAAUUUUUAUAAUAAUCUUAAAUUACUAAAUGGCUGUCACUAAUGAAUUAUUGUGUUUGUGACAAUGGCUUAAAAAUAUGGGAUUUUAAUUUCUAGAUUUGAAAAUCCUGAAGAUGAAAUCUUUCAAUAAUGAAAUUAUUGAAAACAAAAAUCACUUUGUAUGUAAAUAAAUUUUAUUUUUGCAUAUCAAAAAAAAAUGCCUGGCAUUGUAUAGUGUGUAUACCACAACUUUUCUAACCCAAAGUUUUUUAAUGGCAUGCAAUUUUUACAUUGAUUUUUUUUAAUGGUAUAAAAAUGGUAUAAAUUAUGUAAUAUUUGUUGUGAUCUUUUAUACAUUUGAGCCGUGCCAUGACAAAACCAACAUAGUGGGUUUGCGACCAGCAUGGAUCCAGACCAGCCUGCGCAUCCAUGCAGUCUGAUCAGGAUCCAUGCUGUUCGCUAUCAGUUUCUCUACUUGUUAUAGGUUUUGUAAGCGAACAGCAUGGAUCCUGAUCAGACUGCGCGGAUGCGCAGGCUGGUCUGGAUCCAUGCUGGUUGCAAACGCAUUACGUUGGUUUUGUCAUGACGCCGCUCAAAUUUUAACAUCAGUCAUUUAUUGAUGCUGCUUAUUAAUGUUGUUUUAUCUUUUUGUGUGUGAACGUUUUAACCAAAGUUUACGAUUCAGAUGCCAUAUGAUCAAUUAUUUUAUGUACACAUUUUACUGAUUAUUUGUUGUUGUUGUUGUUUUUUUUAAUUAUUUUGUAAAAUUAUAACCCAUUUUAUUCUUUUUGUAGAUAUAUAUUUUUGGUCACUGUACAGAUUUAGAACAAAAUGUUAUAUAGCAUCUCAUGGAUAUAGAUUAUCAUAUACAUUGUAUUUAUUUAUUAUAAGCAACUCUUUUUAUUUUCUAUAAUGGGUUUUGAACAAAGCAGAACUAUUGUUUUGUUUUCAAAUCUUAACCUGUCUAAAAUUUGUAUAAUGAGCCCGUAAUGGUUGAAAUUUAAAACUGUCGACUAUCGUGUUACUCAAUCUUAAGCCUGCUGGCAGCACCUGGUUCUACCCGCGCAACCAAUGCAAACCAAGAUCAGCUGGCACUCCCAUGCCGUCCAGUCGUGAUCUGCACUCUUUGCUGUAAUAAUUCAGUCAUUUCUUACUUUGAAAAUUUUCCCUCAAAAUGAUAAAUGGUUUAGUCUAUUUUGAAAGAAUAAAAUAUUUUGAGUGGUAAUGGUUAAGUCUAUUAUUACGAAAGCUAUAGGUUAAAGGGUUAGGUUAAAGGGUUAUAAAAAAAAGGAUUUAAAUGAAAUCAAUACUGCAAAAGUACAAUCAUUCUUGUGCUAAUGACCACCUGUGUUAUAUAUUUUGUGACCAAAACAUGUGAACCUUUAUGAAUUAAAUAAUGCUCACUCCUACAAAGUUACUAUUACAUUUACCAAAGUUUGUUACAUAUAUAUAAAUUUACCCCAAUCAUUUCUAAUCAUUGUAAGCGCAUGGGUUUAAACUCUGUCAGGGGGGAGUGGGGAGUCGUUUUCUUGAGCAAGAAACUUUACACGCAUUGCUCAAUACUGGUUUGUUCCAGGAACAAUUGGAAUUUAAGUGUGGCUUAUCCUACACAAUAUUAAGCUUGUAUUUUCCAAACUUUUGGGAUUUAUCUGUUUUACUGUGGACUUAUUUAGAUUAGCUAUUUUGUACGGAAUAACUACUAUAAAAAUAAUACUUACAACUUUGUUGAUAAUAUUUGUGGGAUUUAAUUAUAAGGAAAGAUUGUUUAUUUACAUUUAUUUCUGUUAAUAUUGUCCUAGAAAAAUUGUGCACAUUUUAAUAUUAUCUCUUUAUUAAGAUAAAUGUGUGUGAAGUCUUAAGACGUUAAAGCUAAAAAUCCAUGUGUGAUCGUUUGUGAUCAAUGUUGUUUCUUUGCUUAUACAACUUAUACCUGAAAACGGCACUGUUCCCAAUGAAAAAUAAACAGCAAUUUUCACAAUUUCUCUCUUUUUAAUUCCCCCAAAAAAAUCGAUGCUUCCCAAUUAGAUAAGUGAUACACAACAAAAAAACCAGGCAUAAUCACAUAUGAGUGAUAUUUUUACCAAAAUUCAUUUUGUACUAACAGUGUUUCACACUUAAGAUGAUUUAUGUACUCAAUUUUUUUAGAACUGAAAUUUAAAAAAAAAUGUCGUUUAAGUUUAUAUGUGGCUUAAUGUUAAUUAACGUGGUUUUAAAGAGUAUAUCAUGGAUGCGUAAUUCUUAUUUCAUUAUUGGCACAUCACUCUGGUUCCGUACUAGUUUAAUGCAGACAUGGUAGAAUCUUUUUUGAUGGCAUUCUUUUUUCUUUACUGUAGGAAAAUGUUCAAAUAAUUUGUGUUUACAUAAGUAUUUUUAAAUUUUUACAGAUUAACAGUUUAUCAUCAGUUUAGUUUAUUUUAUUGAAGUUCAAGCCCUAGAUACAUAAGAACAUUUUCUUAACUCUAACUCUGUUUUCAUUUUUUUCCAUUUUCUAGAAACAGUUUAUAUUUAAGAAAUCAGUAUAAAAGAUAAACAAAAAAGAAAAAAGAACUUAAUGAUGACUUUUUAUUAAAAUGAACAUGUGAUAAUCCCUUACCUUACAUAAAGAUCAUUUUUAAUUGGCUACUUUUGUGUUAUUGUUGAAUCAUUGUGUCAGUAUUAUAGUUUUGGCUUGAUAAAUUAAGAUAAUUACGAUAAAAAUCUGGCUUUAUUUAACAUUGUUAAGGUUGCAACCUUAGUAUUAUUAACUUACAUUUCAAUGUUACUUCUUUCUUACAACAUGUUUAAAAAAUGUUUGUUUUAAUUGAUCGUAUAAAAACUUUGCAGGCAGGUAAACAUUAUAGGAUGAAAUCAAAUAAACAUGCGCUAUUGAUGCACUUUUUAAUGUGUGUGACACAAUGCGCCAUGUAAAAAUAGCUGACUGCAAUGACUUCCCCCCGUAAUUUCAGUAUAAAAACAUAACUGUCAAGUGAAACGACACUCAUAGCGUUAUAUAACCAGUUUCUGAAUAAUAACACUACAUAUGGUUACGAUGCUUGGUUAUUUAUAACUGUAUCAUAAUAACAUUACAAAAUGGUUAUGAUAUUUGGUUGAUUAUAACUGUAUAAUAUGAACAUUACAAAAUGGUUAUAAUAUUAGGUUAAUUAUGACUGUGCCAUAUAACACUACAUAAUGGUUAUGAAAUCUGGUUAUUUAUAACUGUUCCAAUAAUAUUACUGCUGGGUAUGAUAUUUGGUUAUUAAUAACAGUCACUGUUUCAUAAUAACAUUACAGAUUGUUUUCAGUCUUGGUUAUUAACUACUGUUUCUUAAUAGCAUUAUGGAUGGUUAUGAUAUUUAGUUAUUGUUAUUUUUAAAAUUUUACAUUGAAAAUUGUUAAAAAUAUUGGUAUUAAUGGAUAUUUCAUAAUAACAGUAAAGAUUGUCAUAGAUUUGAGUUAAUUACAACUGAUUAAGAAUCUUUCUUAUAAAAAAAAGGAAGGAAACAAAUUUUUGAUGUCAAUUUAUGAACGAUUUCGUACUCUUUUAUUCAAUGUUAUAUUGUUGGUGACUCCAUUUAAUAUAUAUUGUAUGGUACAUAUUUUUACUGCGUAUUUAAAAUUUUACUCUUCGUUGUGUUUUUGCCAGUAUAUAUAUAUAUAUGUUAUAGUUGUACAUUUACUUACAGUGUUAAAAACAUGGCCGCGAUUUUAUGGCAAGCUUUUGAUUUGAAAAUGUUGCAGCUUUUAAGUAAAUUUAAGAAUGGAUUCUUUCAGUGAACUUGCACAUUUUUUUUCUUCCUUAGUUUUUUUUUUUUAAAUAAAUGAUAUUCAAAAUGAAUACAAUUUCACCAUAUGUUUUAAAGUGUAUAAAGCUAUAUAAUAUAUAUGCUGUAAAACUUAUUGUUUGAAUUUUUAAAAGUAAUACUUUCAAAAUGCUUGCAUGAAAUAUAUAUUGUAGUAUAUUGCCUUUAAAGCGAAUGUUGCAUGCACAAAAUCAUUGCUAAACUUUGCUAAACUUACAAAACCCUAUUUAAACUACGAGGGUAAUAUAUUUUGUUCAUUUUUGUUCUGUUUACAUGCAAAAUUUAUUUGUAAUAAAUAACAGAGACUUUCUGUAUUACAACUCUUGAUAAUUGACUGUAACGUUAUGGAACCAAUAUGAUUUAACUGUUGUUGAUUUAAAAAAAAUGUUUUGAGCCGCGCCGUGACAAAACCAACAUAGUGUGUUUGCGUCCAGCAUGGAUCCAGACCAGCUUGCGCAUCCGCGUAGUCUGAUCAGGAUCCAUGCUGUUCGCUAUCAAUUUCUCAACUUGUUAUAGGGUUUGUAAGCGAACAGCAUGGAUCCUGAUCAGACUGGGCGGAUGCGCAGGCUGGUCUGGAUUCAUGCUGGUUGCAAACACAUUAUGUUGGUUUUGUCAUGAGGCGGAUCAUUUUUUAUAAGAUAUAGCUUUAUACCCUUUAAAUUAAGUGAAAUGGUUUAUAUCAUUUUAAGGGACACAAUGGAAACUAGUCUGUGCCUAAUUAUAUAGAUAUGAAAUAGCAUUGUCUCAUAUUUUGCCCAUGAUUUUACAUUAGUAUACCCUUGUCCUUAUAACAAAUCUUUUUAUUCAUAUACCUCAUUCAUAACUUACCUUUCUCUUUAAAAUCUUUUUAAAAACUAAUAAAUUUGCAUUUAAUGUUAAUAUUUCAAAGGAAGAUAACAACAGAAUGACAAAUAUGAAUAUCAUGAAUAUUCUUUCGUUGUGAACUGUUCUAUACUCAAAGGGUGGGAUCAAAUUCCACAUAAAAUCAUUUCAUAUCUGUUUUUGAAAUGUUAUUUAAACUUAUGAAAAAAGAAUUCACAUUUUUUUUGAGUCAACAUUUUCAUAUCAAAACUUAAUGAGAGAGUUUUUUUUUUAUAUUAUAAUUAUACACUUGUGUACAUUAUGUUAGUUACUGUUGCUUUUUAAUACUAGUUUGUUAAUAUUUUGUAGUUUUUACAUUUAGACAAGUGUUUUUGUUUAUCAUGGUCUAUGAAAGAUGAAAUCUGUACACUGCUAUCAUUGUAUUGGUAAACAACUAUCAGAGUUAAUAUAUAUAUUAGAGUAGAUUUAGAAAACAAAUAAAUGCUGAAACUACA